GGACAAUCAGUGCAAUUCAACGACAAUGGUUGACGCAACAUCACAACUUCAGCAAGCCAAAGACGCUCACAAGAAAGGCGACCUUCACUCUGCCGAGCAGGGUUAUGUUGCCAUUCUCUCUACUGAGCUAGGAAACACGAAUGAUACUGUGGUGAGAGAGCAGGAAGAUGCAUUGCUUGGUUUGGGAGAGUUGUAUAGGGAUCAGAAAAACAUUGAUGCCCUCGCCGACCUUGUCCGCAAGUCUCGGACAUUCAUGUCUUCCUUCGCCAAAGCCAAGUCCGCAAAGAUCAUCCGUACCCUCAUCGACGACUUCAACCCAAUCCCCUCCGCGACCCCCGUCCAAAUCAGCAUCACCAAAGAAUGCAUCGAAUGGGCCCUAAACGACAAGCGAAUCUUUCUCCGCCAAACGCUGGAGGCAAAGUUGAUUGGGUUGUACUUGGAGAACGCGCAAUUCCAGGAUGCGCUCAAGUUGAUCGAGACCUUGUUGCGUGAGUUGAAGAAGCUUGACGAUAAGGCUAUGCUUGUCGAGGUACACCUCUUGGAGUCACGCGUGCUUUCCGCAUUGCGCAACCUCGCCAAGUCAAGAGCCGCCCUCACCGCAGCCCGCACGAACGCCAACUCGAUUUACUGCCCACCCUUGCUUCAAGCUGGAUUGGAUAUGCAGUCCGGUAUCUUGCAUGCGGAUGAUAGGGAUUUCAAGACUGGCUACUCCUACUUCUUCGAGGCGUUGGAGGGGUACGCGGGCAUCAACUCUCCUUCUGCAUCGAACAAGGAGGCUGCGGUCGACACGUACGGCGAUGCUGUCAGGGCAUUGAAAUACAUGCUGUUGUGCAAGAUCAUGAUGUCGGAAACCGACGACCUCGGUGUCGUGAUCGGCAGCAAGAUGGCGCAAAAGUACGUCGGCCGCGAGGUGGAGGCGAUGAAGGCUGUCGCGGUGGCUCACCAGAAGAAGAGUCUCGCGGAAUUCGAGAAAGCGCUAAGCAACUACAAAUCGGAGCUUCAGACCGAUCCUAUCAUUCGCCAGCACUUUACGGCACUCUACGACUCGCUCCUCGAGUCUAACCUUUUGCGCAUCUUGCAGCCCUUUUCACGGGUGGAGAUUUCGUAUAUCGCAGAGACCAUCCAGCUGAGUCAGCAACAGGUGGAGAACAAGUUGUCACAAAUGAUCUUGGACAAGGUGUUGAAGGGCGUGCUCGACCAAGGUAGUGGCUGCGUGGAGAUCUUCGAGGAGCAGGAGAAGGAGGUGUUGUAUAACCAAGCAGUGGAGACUAUGAAGCACCUUGGGGAUGUCGUAGACCUGUUGUACGAGAAAGCGAGGAAGCUGCGCUGA